CGUUCGGUCGGGCCCUUUCUCGACCGAGGUCGGCCGAGUCCAUCUACUCUCAUCUGUUCCCGUCUCCCUCCGUCGCACUCUCCGUCCUAUCGUUCUCUCUCUUUCUCCCUCUCUCUCUCUCUCUCCUUCCCGCCUUGGCGGUCGUCUUGGUGCACGCACGAGGUUCCCGUUUCGAGCCGUUUCGAUCCGCGGUCGCGAAAGUAAAUCGUCCGACCGAUCGAUCGUUGGAUCGCGGGAAUCCCGAACUCGUCGAGGGUAUCCCAAUAACCUCGGCGGGCCGUCCCGCCGAGAUUCUGCCAUCUGCUGAAACCGCUGCCAAUUCCGCGGCCGUUAUCUAUUUUCGGAGGAAUCGUGUCCAGCCAGCGAGCCAGCCAGCCUCGACGAAUCCCGACGCGGAGGACUCCGGACCAGUUCGGUAGUCACAGAGAGACCUGUCAGUGAAAACCAGCCGAAUCGCUCGUAUUGUCGUAGGAAAGCUCCUCGCGUUCGCAAGAGCAAGAAGCUUGAAUCAGCGGGACGUUAGUUCAGUCGCGAAAGUGAAACCGAGAGGCAUCGUAAUUUCUGUCGCGAGGAUGUCUGGGAGCAAUGAUAGUUUUAACAAUAAUACCUGUGUGGUGUGCUACAAGAAUGUCGACAUCUACAGCAUCGGCAUGUGCGAGCAUCCAGUAUGUUACGAGUGCAGCACCCGGAUGAGGGUGCUCUGCCGUCAGAACGAGUGUCCCAUCUGUCGCCAAGAUCUGCCAAAAGUUGUGUUCACGCAUGAGAUCAAACCCUUCCCCAGCCUGACCGGUACCAACUUGCUGGACACCCGAUACGACAUCUACUUCAGCAGCCUCGACAUUCAAGAGAAAUUCACUGAAUUGUUAGCCAACACUUGCUCGAUAUGUAAAGAGAAGAUGGUCUUUAGCAGUUUCAAUAGUUUAAAAGAGCACAUGCGUCAACAGCACGAGCUACAUUAUUGUGACUUGUGUGUAGAGAACUUAAAGAUAUUUUCGCAUGAAAGGCGUUGUUACACGAGGUCUAGUCUAGCUACGCAUCGGAGGAAAGGUGACGUCGACGAUAAGAGCCACAAGGGUCAUCCGCUCUGCGAGUUUUGCGAUCAGCGGUACAUGGACAACGACGAGCUGUACCGGCAUCUGCGGCGUGACCAUCUGUACUGUCACUUCUGCGACGCGGACGGUCUGCAUCAGUAUUACAGCACCUACGACUAUCUCAGAGAUCACUUCCGGCAGGAGCACUACCUGUGCGAGGAGGGGGUGUGCGCGGAGGAAAAGUUUACGAGUGUUUUUCGGACCGACAUAGAUCUCAAGGCGCACAAAGCCAGCGUUCACGGCAAGCAGUUGAGUAAAGCCGCCGCCAAGCAGGCGAGAACGUUAGAACUGGAGUUCACGUUGGCGCCGCGCGGCGAGAAUCGGAUGAAUCGGAGGGGUAUGCUGGGCGCGUCCACGUCGAGGAGCGCGAGGGACUACAACGGCAGGGAUUACAGCUCCAGGGAUUACAGCUCCAGGGAUUACAGCUCCAGGGAUUAUAGCUCCAGGGAUUACAGCUCCAGGGAUUACAGCUCCAGGGAUUAUCAGCAGAGCUCAGUACCCAGCAGCUCCAAUCCGUUCGUGUCCAACAACGAGCCUAGCUUCACGAGACAACCGUCCGUCGAUGUGCAAAGCACAGAUGAAUUUCCCACGUUGGGCGGUAGUGCCGCUCCUGUCGUUCCCACGCUGACUCAGCCCAAGAGCAGAGGAAACGUCACCAUUCGCAGCACCGUGAGAAACCAACCGCUCGCGGUGACGGACGAGAACUUUCCGGCAUUGGGCCCGGAUUCGGCCGGCCCCAGUAUCUCGAAGACGGUGAACUUCAGCGUUUCCAGCAGCAGCAACGCCACGGGAUCCAGCGGCUUGCCGCAAUGUCAGAAAGGUUCCGCGUCCUCGAACGUCUCCAUUCAGGUGAACCACGAACCCAACGGCACCGUCACCACCAGAGUGUCCGGACCCAACAUCAGAAUACGUCCCGCGCAGUUGUCGAUAGAUUCCGACUUCCCCGCCUUGGGCGGCGGCUCUGAGCCGUCUACCAGUACUGCCAAUUCGACCCAGUGGAAGGAGGUGCUGCAGUGGACCUGCUCGAAAUCGGCAUCGGCGAACACGCCCAAGUCCAAGAGAGUCGCGCCGCCGCCCUCGAUACCGUCGGCGCCGCCCAUUCGUUCCGGCGAAGACUUUCCGAGUCUGUCGAAGUCGUCGAAGUCGAAGAAGCAAUCGGUAAUCACGGUGGUGCCGUCGUGGGGACAGAACUCGCAGAAUGCCAGCAACGUCCAGAGCACUGGUGCUAGCAACAACAACACGAAAGCAACGACGACGGAUCAGACGAAGGGCAAGGCGAAGAAGAAAAAAGCGAAGCAGGCCUCGAGCGGCAACAGUUCGAGCGGCAACGAGUCCAGCAGCUCCAAAUCGAAUGUAAAUACUGUCGUAACGAAGAAAGACAUCGAAUUGCACACCGGUGAUACGGACAACUCCCGCGUUGUUUCCAAGGAGAUUCCGCGAGCGGGGACGCAGGGUACCAACAAUGCGAGUGGCGACGGCAGCGUGUCCAAGAACUCGAAGGAGCCGGAGCACGCGAGCAAGAAGGAUAAGAGAAAAAGCAAAAACAAUGUGGACGGAAACUCGGGUGUUACGGCCGUUAUAAGCACGGAAUCCGAAAGCAGAGGCGACGGUUCGUCGUCGAACGGAGAGAAGCAGAGGAAGCGUAGCGAGCUGAAGAUAGACAGCUUGAACACGACCAACAAUAAUAUCCAUCGGACGGAGGAUUUUCCCGCCUUAGGUAGCACCAGCAGCAGACCGCCGGGCUUCACGAAUCCGCCACCCGGUUUCGCCUCGCCGACCCUACCACCGCCCGGUUUUUCCAUCAAGUACAACAGCUUCGACGGGCUGCACGGCGGCAACGGCCUGACGUUUACAAACAGUUCCGGCGAGAGUUACUCCAUUCUGCCGGACAACAGCAGCAAACGUAUGGCUCAUGCCUACGUGUCGCCACCGGAUUUUCAAAAGCGCAACACGUGCCUGGUGGCGAAGCUCAACGCGGUCCUCGUGGAGCAGGACAAGAUCGAGGAGUUUCGCUACGUGAGCGGCCUCUUCCGCGGCGGCACCUGCGACGCCCGGGAGUACUACACGCACUGUCGCGAAGUCAUGGGCGCCAACGCCUUCGAGAGCGUGUUCCCCGAGCUGCUGGCGCUGCUGCCGGAUAUCGCGAAGCAGCAGGAGCUGUUCGCAGUGCACAAGAGGGAAGCGGGCGGCAAGGCGAAGGGGCUGGAGAUGUGCGGCGCGUGCGGCCAGGUUCUCAAGAACGGCCCGGACUUUAGAACGCAUAUGUCCAGUCACACGCUUGAGAACCACUUCCCGGCGCUGGGUAAGAGCAAUACGUCGCCGCCGAAGAGCACGUGGGUACGUAAAUGAGUCAAUUACGCUCCCUCAUCGUUUUAUCGUACUCGCCAUUUCUGGAGGAGGAUCCGGGCAAGCCGCCGAGUAUCCGCCCGUCCGGCUGCUGAGAACGGUUGUAAAUAUUAUAACGCUCUUGUUUCUACACCAUCCGUAUAUCUAUUACGUUGCGUUUAUCCGACGCGUAAUACGAGCGUAAUGCGUAAAUAUUUAUUCCAAGAGUCAGUCGAUCCUUAGUGUUAAAAAAAAAAAAACGAGAAUGUGCAUAGAAGUUAACGCUGACUAUUCGCAAUAGACUUAAUAACUGUUGAGCGAAUUGCGAGGCAAUAUUGAUUGAAAUUAAAAAGAAAAAGAAUAUUAUAUACCCUAGAGAGCUUUUACAGACGGUUGUAUUAUGAUGGUAACGCUUCGAGACUGCGCGACCGCGGGCGUGAUAAAGGAGAGGAGAUCAAAUAUUUUUUUGUAUAAUAAAACUACGAAAAAAUAAAUAAGAUACUGAAUAUACGAAAGAAAAGUCUGUUACAAGUUGUAAAGAGUGAACGUGUGGGUAUGUUAUAUAUAGUGACGUCGCGCACUAAACGUUUCAACGAUUACCUACUUUUACCGCUGUACUUUAAGACCGUGUACCAUGUACAUAUAUAUAAAUUUCGUAAAAUAGUGGCGUUCCUUCUCCUGUAAUUUAUUUGCUAUAUAUUUCUCGGAAUAGAGAAUGGAAUAGAUUGCUGUGGCUAUGUACGAAAAAGUAACACCAUACUUUUAACAAAUCGUUUGAUACGUUAUACAUUAUACAGUACUCGUAGCACUGUACCGUACUGUUUUUGUACCGUAACAAAAAGUUGUUUAGUUAACACGACAAUACAUGAUUUUGAUGAGCGA